CACCUGCUUUUCAUUAGCAAUCACUUCCCCAAGUCGCUUUAAGGACACAGAGGGAGCCACAGACUGUCUCUUCGUAGUUUCUCUUUCAUUUGCCUAUUCUCCACACAUCAAAAUGCGCGAGUGUAUCUCUGUACAUGUCGGUCAGGCUGGUGUCCAGAUUGGCAAUGCCUGCUGGGAACUCUACUGCCUGGAACAUGGCAUACAGCCAGAUGGUCAGAUGCCCAGUGAAAAGACAAUGGGAGGUGGAGAUGACUCCUUCAACACUUUCUUCAGUGAGACCGGGGCUGGGAAGCAUGUGCCCAGAGCUGUUUUUGUGGACCUGGAACCCACUGUCAUUGAUGAGGUUCGCUCUGGAACGUACCGUCAGCUGUUUCACCCCGAGCAGCUGAUCACUGGAAAGGAGGACGCUGCCAACAACUAUGCUCGUGGUCACUACACUGUGGGCAAGGAGCUCAUUGAUCCGGUGUUGGAAAGAAUCCGCAAACUGUCCGACCAGUGCACAGGUCUCCAGGGCUUCCUGGUGUUCCACAGCUUUGGAGGUGGCACCGGCUCUGGUUUCACCUCCCUGCUGAUGGAGCGUCUGUCUGUGGAUUACGGCAAGAAGUCCAAGCUGGAGUUCUCCAUCUACCCAGCUCCCCAGGUGUCCACAGCUGUGGUGGAGCCUUACAACUCCAUCCUGACCACCCACACCACCUUGGAACACUCUGACUGUGCCUUCAUGGUAGACAAUGAGGCCAUCUACGACAUUUGCCGCAGGAACCUGGACAUUGAGCGUCCUACUUACACCAACCUCAACAGGCUGAUUAGUCAGAUCGUGUCCUCCAUCACUGCGUCCCUUCGUUUCGACGGGGCCCUCAAUGUCGAUCUGACAGAGUUCCAGACCAACUUGGUGCCCUACCCUCGUAUCCACUUCCCUCUGGCCACCUAUGCCCCAGUCAUCUCAGCCGAGAAGGCCUACCAUGAGCAGCUCUCUGUGGCUGAAAUCACCAACGCAUGUUUUGAGCCAGCGAACCAGCUGGUGAAAUGCGAUCCUCGUCACGGCAAGUACAUGGCCUGCUGCCUGCUCUUCCGUGGUGAUGUGGUGCCCAAAGACGUAAACGCUGCCAUCGCCACCAUAAAGACCAAGCGCACCAUCCAGUUUGUGGACUGGUGUCCCACUGGUUUCAAGGUGGGCAUCAACUACCAGCCCCCCACUGUGGUUCCUGGUGGAGACCUGGCCAAGGUCCAGAGAGCUGUGUGCAUGCUGAGCAACACCACUGCUAUUGCAGAGGCCUGGGCUCGACUUGACCACAAGUUUGACCUGAUGUAUGCCAAGCGUGCCUUCGUCCACUGGUAUGUUGGUGAGGGGAUGGAGGAGGGAGAGUUCUCUGAGGCCAGAGAGGACAUGGCUGCCCUGGAGAAGGAUUAUGAAGAGGUGGGAGCUGAGAGUCUGGGAGAAGAGGAUGAAGGAGAAGAGUAUUGAUUAUGAUUGUUUUAAUAUGCAAAUA